AUGGCUGCAGCUCUUAGAUCACUUUACGUUAAUGUAGUUUUCAGUGUAUCCUUGAUAUCUUUGGCGUUGGCUCAAGGAGAAAACUAUUUCAUCUUCCAUGGCUUCUCUGAUUCCAAUUUAAGUUUGGAUGGUGUCGCCCAGAUCCAACCUAGUGGUUUAUUGCAGCUGACCGAUUUUGAUUCCACCCUUAAAAUGGCUCAUGCUUUCUACCCUUUUCCUUUCAGAUUCAAUACAUCUUCCUCUCAAUCUCUUUCAUUUUCAACAAAUUUUGUAUUUGCAAUGGAUUCUAUGCGUUCUAAUCCAUUCUCUCUUGGCGGCCACGGUAUGGCUUUUGUCCUCUCACCUUCCAUGGACUUUAGUAAAGCUGUUGCAGGUGCAUAUUUAGGACUCUUCAACUAUUCAAACAAUGGCCUGUCUACAAAUCAUAUCUUGUCGGUUGAGCUCGAUUGUGUUCAAACCCCUGAAUUUUAUGAUAUAGAAGAAAACCAUGUUGGAAUUGACAUCAACGGCCUCAUAUCUAAUCAAUCUGCUCCGGCAACUUACUUCUCCGAUGAAGAAGGGAUUAACAAAAGCUUGAGUCUACGAGAUAGAGAUCUAAUACAAAUUUGGAUAGACUACAAUGCAGAAGAAAUGUUACUCAAUGUAACACUAGCUCCGAUCAAAGUUCCAAAACCAAGCAAGCCUCUCUUGUCAAAACCCCUCGAUCUUUCUCAAAUUCUCUUAGAUUCUAUGUAUGUUGGCUUCUCNGGCUUGGGCAGUCCCUAUUCCGGGCCCUUAAGGACUAGUGAGGGAUUGGGUCCAAAUUGGUUGGAAUCAGUCCUAGGCCUGUAA